GAGGAUCCACUCGAAGCUCAAUCGCGGGCCGGUCAUGACUACUUUGGUGCUCGUAUUCGUUCUCGCUAUCAUCAAGCUCUCCGAUGUUGCAAAUGCCGAUGAGGAGAGUUUCACGUGGACGCGGGAGUUCUCCGCCACGGGAUAUAUAAUCAAACCUUCAAAUGGAAUACGGAAGCCGUUCACGAUUUACCAUGACGAGGAAGGAUCCAGAUCACGAGUGGACUACUACGGGGGUGAAAUAAAACGCAUCUGGACGGGUUCCCUCUUCUACAAAUUGCUCUGGACAACCAACUCUAGUACGCAUGUGCCCGAGCAGUCAUGCUUCUACUAUGGAGCGCAUCUAGGACUACUUUCUUCGAUAUACGACGUCGUUCCUCCCAUGGGACAUCUCAAAAGCGCACGCACUGAACCCUGCGAUACGGACACGACCACAAUUUAUGCUUCAGUCGUCUUCAGCAAUCUGAGCUGCCAUCGAUACGAGAUCGAGUAUUUUCCAUUCAAACAAGUUUUCUGGACCACUAAAGAUUUGGGAAAUGAAAACAAGGUGACACCUGUUCGAAUAAUGGACUACUGGCCGGAGAAGGAAGAGGUCAUCUUCCUGAGUUACACCGCUGGCGAACUGGACGAUGAAGUCUUCGAUGUUGGGCUCCUGACCGAUCUGGGCAAAUGUGAAGAGAGAUCUGAAUGA